ACGUGGCGUGCGAAAUGCAUGUCUAUCGAGGCGGGUCAUGCACAGGCGAGCCUGCUCACGUCAAGGUUGUGGCGGCAUCUGACACCCAUUUUCAUCUACGCACACUCUCGGUAUCGCAUUAGCGGGCCGGCGAGUCGCUCCUUGAACGGACACUCCCUGACUCUACCGAUGGCACGAUGGUUCGUCAACGUUGGUGUCAUCGGCUGCUACACAACGUUCACUGAGGGAGGAUUGGGCGUGCAGCCGUGAGACAUAUAGCGGUCUGAAUGUGAACCCUCCAAUCACGAGCACUCGCAGGCCGAAGAAGUAGUGAUGACCGCAGAGGCAGGUAAUACGUGCUGCGGCUGCAUACCAAUCGCAUGGUCAGCAUCCGCGGCUUGCAGCGGCAAUAAUAGUGGGACGAUGCAACAACGAACUUGCUUGGCGGGCAGCGUUCUGGGUCCAGCGCGCUUGCCUUGGCUCGCGAUCCGGCAGAGGCUAGCAGUCUUGCCUUCCCUUUCGCU